AUGGCUUCGGCCUCAGCUAUUACUACUGUUGAAUCUGUAGCUGACAGUGAAAAAUUAUUUUUCGAAGACGUCGAGGCUUAUAUUAACUCAUUAAACAAAAAAUUUCGAGAAAAAAAAGUAAUAACAAAAAGCACGCUAGAAAGUAUUAUGAAAGCAUUAGGACUGGAAAAAGGAAAGUCAUCAAACAGUUUUUCUCCGAAAUUUGUUUAUUGGUCAAAGCAGAAUUUUGUUGUGAGAAAAAUAGCGGGUAUUGAUGUUUUGUGUUGUAUAACUACAAAUAAACCAGUUUGUGUAUACGAAAGUUUUUUUAAUAUUAUCGGGGAAUGUCAUACUACAGUUGCACAUGGAGGAAGAGACAAAACCAUGGCCGAAAUUACAGCGAACUAUUCUUGGAUUCCAACACCUAUUGUGAAAAUUUUUCUCAAACAUUGUUCUGCUUGUCAAUUACGAAAAACAGUCAAGCAGCCAGUUGUAUCAAAACCAAUUAUAUCGUUAGGUGUUAUGACAAGGUUACAAAUCGAUCUCAUUGACAUGAGAACACGUCCGGAUGUUGUGUCGGUUGAUGUUACGUAUUUGUGGAUAUUGAAUUGUGUCGACCACUUUUCGAAAUUUAGUUGGGCGUAUCCGUUGAAAAGUAAAUCCGCUGAUGAAGUUGCUCGUCGUUUAAAAGAGUUGUUUUUCGUUUUCGGUCCUCCACGUUUACUGCAUUCUGAUAAUGGCACUGAAUUUGUUGCUACGGUUAUCGUUGAAUUAAAACAGUUGUUUCCAGAAAUGACGCUUGUGCGAGGUCGUCCGCGUCAUCCUCAGUCUCAGGGUUGUGUUGAGCGCGCGAAUGGAGUUUUGACGUCUGCAUUAGGUAAAUGGUUAUCGGUGAAUAACUCAACUAAUUGGUCAGAAGGACUAUUACCAGUUACUUAUGGUAUUAAUACUCGUGUAUCGCAGACAACGAAAUGUACGCCUUAUGAAGUUAUGUUCGGGCAACGUCCACGAUCCGAUUCAGAAUUUUGGAAACUCGUGAGUGAGCAGAAUAUCCAACAUGAAGAUCAACUGCCAACACCGGUUGAAGAAGACACAGACGGCGAAGAUGUUGUUGUUGAUGUAGCAAUAAAUCAGUCAAGUUCGGUUGUGCCUAUCGGUACUGUUCAUAAACUGUUGAAUGUUUCAGAUGAAAAUUGUCUUCUUGAUUUGUCGUUUACUCGUCCAAAUGAUUUUCAUGAUAUACCAACAGUCGACAAUCUUCUGUUAGACGACAUGCUGAUCGAUAACUUAAUUUGGUUUGAUUCACCAACGCUGCCUCCACCUACUUCUUCUAUCACAUCUCGUAUGCCAACUAGUCCAGUAUUUAAACUGAAUUUCAGUCCAUUAAUUCAAUCUAUUUCGCCAGAAGUACCUGUUAUAAAAUCAGUUGUUGAGAAUCUUCUUCUUGAUUUGGAUAUUUUUCUUGAUACACCUUCAUCGGUUGUUGAUAACCCGAUGACUUCGCCAUCUACAACGCCAUCCAAAUGUCAAGAAUUAGUUUCAAUUUUAAUAGAUAGCAAUAUUCAACUAUCUUUACCACCAGCUUUUUCUACACCUUUCGUCGCUCCACCAUCUUCGACCAACGUUGCCGUUUCACCAUCUCGUCAUGAUCUAGUACGAAAACGAGCCGAAACGAAUUAUUUGAAUACUGCUAAUAAAAAGCGUAAACAGUAUGAUGAACAUUUAGCAAAUUUAGCAGAACAGUACAAUGUUGGUGAUUGUGUUGGUCUUCGGAUAGAUUCGGUUGAUAGAACGAAUACCGAUGCCAAAUUACUACCAUGUUUGAUUAUUUCGAAAGUAACAAAAGAGAGUGAUGUUGUUUUUCGGUUAGUUUGUCAAUUUGGUGAGAUACAAAAUUUGUAUACUGUUGAAUCGCUUGUUGAUUUAAAAUCAUCCUGUCCAACCCAAUUAAAAAGUGUUGAUUUUUCUAAACUUGAUGGAAUUACAUUUACUGAAGCAUGUAAGUUAUUUGUUCGCGGCGCUAUCAGCGGUAAAACGUGUGAUUGUAAAGGAGAGUGUAAUACAAAACAUUGUCCAUGUAAAAAACAAGGAGUGUUUUGUUCGACAAAAUGUCAUUCAAGACGUGGUGCUUGUAAAAAUAUGAAAUAA